ACUAAUUAUCUCUCCAUUUCCAGAUGUUCAUUGAAUUCUGUGGAGGUGGUGCUCUGGAUUCUAUCAUGCUUGAUUUGGAAAAACCAUUGACAGAAGACCAGAUCCGUUAUGUUUGUCAUUUUAUGUGCAAAGCUUUGACUUUCCUUCAUGACAACAAUGUUAUUCACCGUGAUUUGAAAGCAGGCAAUGUUCUCUUAACCAUGGAAGGUGAUGUCAAGUUAGCUGACUUUGGUGUAUCUGCUAAAAACACAAAACCUAACCAAUGCCGAGACUCUUUCAUUGGUACGCCUUAUUGGUAAGUUGACAAAGUUUGAUCUUAACUUCUCUCCCUUUUAUUGC